AUGGAGUCCCCCUCAGCCACUGCCCACAGAGGGCGCAGCCCCUGGAAGGGGCUCCUGCUGGCAGUCUCACUCAUAAACUUCUGGAACCCACCCACCACUGCUCAACUCACUAUCGAAUCGGUGCCGACCAAAGCUGCUGAAGGAAAGGAUGUUCUUCUACUUGUCCACAAUCUGCCUGGAAACGUUUCUGGCUAUGCCUGGUACAAAGGGGACAGAGUAGGUCCCAAUCAACAAAUUGCAACAUAUGUGAUAGACAGACAAGAAAUUACCCCAGGGCCUGUGUACAGUGGUCGAGAGAAAAUAUACCCCAAUGGAUCCCUGCUGUUCCAGAAUGUCACCCAGAAGGACACAGGAUACUACACCCUACAAGUCAUAAAGACAACUUUGCUAACUGAAGUAGGAACUGGACAGCUCCACGUACACUUGGAGUUAACCAAACCCAACAUCACAGGCAACAACUCCAACCCCGUGGAGGACGAGGACACUGUAUUGUUAACAUGUGAACCUGACACUCAGGACACCACCUACCUCUGGUUGAUCAACAGUCAGAGCCUCCAGGACAGCGCCAGGCUGGAGUUGUCUCUGGACAACAGGACUCUCACUUUAUUCCCUGUCACAAGGAAUGACACAGGACCCUAUGAGUGUGAAACCCAGAACCCAGUGAGUGCCCGUCGCAGUGACCCAUUCUACCUCAAUGUUCUCUAUGGCCCGGAUGCCCCCACCAUUUCCCCCUCAGACUCCUAUUACCAUCCAGGGGCAAACCUCAGCCUCUCCUGCCACGCGGCCUCUAACCCGCCUGCACAGUAUUCCUGGAUUAUCAAUGGGAGGCCCCAGCAAUCCACACCGGAGCUCUUUAUCCCCAACAUCACUGCGAAUGAUAGCGGAUCCUAUACCUGCCUCGUCCAUAACUCUGUCACUGGCCUCACUGGGACCACAGCCAAGACUAUCACAGUUUUUGAUGAUCCAACACAAGGAAGUUCUGCUGGCCUUUCAGCUGGGGCUAUUGAUGGCAUCGUGAUUGGAGUCCUGGCUGGGGUAGCUCUGAUAGCUCCAUUGUACUCUCUGUACAUCUGAAAGACUGGAGGGUCAGGGCCACUCUGACAACUCCCCUAACAAGGUCGAUGAAGUUACAUAUUCUUCCCUGAACUUCAAUGCCCAGGAAUCAAAGAAACCAACUUCAGCCUCCCCAUCCCCAUCAGCCACAGAAACAGUUUAUUCAGAAGUAAAAAAGAAGUAAUGCAACCUUCCCUGCUCACCGCACUGUGGACUUAUUCCAAGCUUCUCAUCCCCAUUACUAGAAGGAUCCCUUUUCCCUCAGGGAAAAGAGGAAGAAGCCUCUUUCCUCCCCUUAAUUGCCAAAUGAGGCAUCUCCAGGCUGCCCAGUCACAGCCCCUCCCUUCAGUGUCAGUACAUGAAAAGGUACAUCUGGGAAUCUGUAGGAAACCCAUCCUUCCUAGUCUUUCAAAUUUGGCAAAGCAGACCUUGGGAGAGAGUUGCCAGAACCUCCCGCCGCUCCGCCUCUCCUGACCUAGACUUGUUUUAAACUUGCCUAUUCAGAGCACACUCCUUCCUUUCCACCCUAGUCCUGUCCUAUAGGAGUCUAACUUGAAUUUGCCAAAACCUUGAGAGUUAUGUCUUUAUCCACUGAAAUGCAUGUGCCAGAAAAGAACAUACAAAAAUAAAAGUUAAAAGCUUCUCUGUCUCUCCAAGGCCCAGUGUGAACCCACCAGGCACAGGAAAACAAAUAUGCAACAUAUACUGAACUGAGAAAUUCUGAACCUUUGUCCACUGUCAGGGUUGUCUACCUAUAGGACCAGGGCCUAAGAAGCUUAUUGCUUAGUGGAAUACGACCUAAGCCCUCUGGCAAGCCUGUCUUCAGAGAACCCACUAGAAGCAACUAGGAAAACUAGAAAAACAAAAUUUGCCGAUGUCCGUAGGUGAGUCCUAAUGAAAAAAGCAAAAAAAUUGCACACACAUUUUAAUAACUUUAUGGACCUUAUUCAAUUAAAUGCCCACAGAAGGAGGGGUUACAGCUGUAGGGAACAGUGAGCUGUUAGUAGAGACAAUCUGCUAGGAAUUUGGGAAAGGAAUCAAAGAGCUACCCUUCAGAGAUUGAACAAUUGUUAAAGAAUGCACAAUUGAGGAUACUUUUUUUCCCCUUUGUCUGAGACAUUCUGCCAUUUUAAUUUUUGUAAUUGCUUAUUUAUGUGAGAGGGGUUAUUCUAACUUAGCUUAGCUAUGUAAGCCAAUCUGUCUGCCUUAGGUGAAAGAAGCCACCAAAAUCCCUCGAGUCCCUUUGGCCAGGAGCUCCUCAAGGCUUCUAUGUCAAGGGCUCUAAAUAGAAAAGAAGGAGAAGCUGUUUUCCUCAUUCAUGGCUAGAGAUGGAUCUAACUCAGUUUCUAGGCAUCUCAGACCAAUCACCAGCCACCAUUCUAUCCCAUGUAUCUGCCUGUGCAUGUUCUGUCUGUCUGCCCACUCACUUUCUCAGGAAACCCUGGCCCUGCUAAGGUGCAUUUGGUCCUUGAGAAGUGGGAGCACCCUGAAGGGAACACUAUCAUUCACUCCAUUGGCACUCUUUACAACCGAGAAAGCUGCACUGGUGCCGAUGCUCCUUAGGACACAACGGGACUAUUAUAACCGGGCCCUAGGCUUCUUGAACAGCCUCUGAAAUGUGUUUUCUCUCAUGGGGUCUAUGCAUCCCAAUGUGUGUUAGGAUAAAAGGAAGGGCAGGAGAAGGAGAGGCAAAUGUACUUCACACCCUGCCUUCUUCUGUACAGAUGGAAUCACUUUG